UAGCUCCCCCCUCCUCUCCACAUUACUACUAUCCAUGACGAGGCCGAUCAGCUGUCCAACGGUCAACGGAUUUUAACGUUACAUUUGGUCAUAAAUACACCACGCCGUGGACAAACUGUAAUAUAUAUGAUGUCUUCCAACAACAUGGCAGACCCAAGGAGGCCGAAUAAGAUUUUAAGGUACAAGCCACCAAGCACCGAGACCAAUCCCACACUGGAGGAUCCCACGCCUGACUACAUGAACUUGCUCGGCAUGAUCUUCAGCAUGUGUGGGCUGAUGCUCAAGCUGAAGUGGUGUGCCUGGAUCGCAGUCUACUGCUCUUUCAUCAGCUUUGCAAACUCCAGAAGCUCAGAAGACACUAAACAGAUGAUGAGCAGCUUCAUGUUGUCUAUCUCAGCAGUCGUGAUGUCCUACCUCCAGAACCCACAGCCAAUGUCGCCACCAUGGUAACCAAGGGUCAGUCACAGAAGAGCACAUAAGUAAAUUGUGGAUGCUGGAGUUGCUGACCAAACAGCUGAUUGGCCCUCCUGGCUAUCAUGGAGAAAAAAACAGAGACAAAGAUAAUGUGAUAGAAAACGAAGAAGAGAGAGAAAACAGAUGACCAGGAGGGAUGGACAGCAAGGAGGAAACUGUAAAGAUGGUCUUUGACUGCGUUUUCAUGUUUUUCUCUUUUUAAAAUCUUUUUCUAAGUUUGUUUAUUGACGAAAACUUUUGAAUUUUACCGUUUGGCUGAUCUGUUUGCAUCAUAGCGUAAAAUAAAGUUGUACGGUUUUAAAAGGAA